CGAUCCAUACCAGGAAUACUUCCCUGUCAACAGGAUGGAGUGAUGUGUUCACACUAGCAGCUGGGAUUGUAUGAUUUUGGACGUCACCCGUAACGCCACGAAAGGCAUGGUAGUAGGAGCUGAUCUGUAUGCAGAGUGAAAUCUAUCAUGACUGGGAUGUCAUUGGCACACCGCAGAUACUGAGCCAUGGGUAACACAGAAAGUCAUAGCGGCGGCCAUGGUUACUAUGGAGACGGCCAGCGCCACCUCUCCCGUAAGCACAUGUCCCGCUCGCUCCGCCUGUCCAGCAAGCAGACGUACUGUUCCCGCCGAACGCCGUCCGGAAAACCAGAGCAUCGCAACUCCGAGACCAGCACGCGCUCCAGCAGCACUCCCAGCAUCCCGCAGUCGCUGGCUGACCACGGCCUGGAGCCCUUCAACGACUCGGACAUGCUGCCCAACUUCAGCAGCCCCAUUUGGGUGGACCGUGUGGCCAUGAAUCUCCGACCCAUGUCCUUCCACAACCAUCCGGCCAAUUCGCCCGCCACCACCGCCAAACAAGCCACGCAGGACGACACCGAGCCGCCGGAGGACACGACACUCGUCCAACGCACACGGGACAGUUCCCUAGAGGCGUCCAGCUUUAAAAAGAAGCGCUCUAAGUCUGCGGACAUGUGGAGGGAGGAUUCGCUGGAGGUGUCCUUAUCCGACCUGAGCCAGGAGCACCUGACCAGCACGGAGGAGAUUGGAGACACGCCUGAUGACUGCGAAACCCGUUUACAGUCGUCCGCUCAGGAGCUGCUGGACUCAAACCGAGCCAAUUCUUUAGAUGAACUCUACGGACCGAAGAGCCCCGCCUGCAGGCCCACACACGGACGCUAUGCCAAAUGGCACAAGGGCGGCGGCACAAGCAGAAAAGGUGACGAGGAUAAGAUGAUCUCGCCCUGUGAGGACGACGGAGCCGCAUACAGCGCGUAUACACUGCCCUGCCGCCGAUCUCACUGUCUGUCGGAGGGACCGACCAAUCAUCAAGGAGUUAUGCAAGGGAGGCGGGCACAAACCAUACAGGAUGUCACAGCAGGAGAUGGCAGUGAUUAUGAGGACAGUGGUAUCGAUGGGCUGACGGGGGACAGCGAGGCGUCUCAGCACCACGCUCGACGCUAUAAGACCAUGUCUGUGUCUUUCUCCGCUUACUCCACGUCAGCAGGGGGCGCCUUCGCAGGGAGCGACAGUGGGAGCAGCAGCGGUGCUGGAGCGGGACCCUCAGAUGGCACACAGGGUGUCUAUGAGAACUUCCGUCAGGAGCUGGAGCAGAACGUGAGUCCGGUGGAGGUUCCCGAGGAGAGAAGCUCAGCGUUCAGCGACGAGCAGAGCAGUGUGACCCUGAGCUCUGCUUACCACACCGACCCUCUGCUGAACGUGGCCGCUGUACAGGGAACCGUACGCAAAGCUGGACGCCUCGCUGUCAAAAACUUCCUGGUGCAUAAAAAAAACAAGAAGGUGGAGCUCGCCCCUCGCCGCAAGUGGAAGAGCUACUGGGUGUCCCUCAAAGGAUGCACUCUGUUUUUCUAUGAGACGGACGGCCGGUCGGGCAUUGAUCACAACAGCGUCCCUAAACAUGCCGUGUGGGCCGAGAACAGCAUCGUCCAGGCCGUCCCAGAACACCCCAAAAAAGAUUUUGUCUUCUGCCUGAGUAACUCGCUCGGAGACUCCUUCCUUUUUCAGACCUGCAGCCAAACUGAGCUUGAGAACUGGAUCACGGCCAUUCACUCGGCCUGCGCUGCGGCCGUCGCUCGACAACACCACCGCGAAGACACGGUGCGUCUGCUGCGGGCCGAGAUCCGAAAGCUUGAGCAGAAGAUUGACAUGGAUGAGAAGAUGAAGAAAAUGGGAGACAUGCAGCUCUCUGCUGUCACUGACGCCAAGAAGAGGAAGACCAUUCUGGAGCAGAUUUUCCUGUGGGAGCAGAAUUUAGAGCAGUUCCACAUGGAUCUGUUCCGCUUCCGCUGUUACCUGUCCAGCCUGCAGGGCGGCGAGCUUCCCAACCCCAAACGCCUGCUGGCCUUCGCCUCCCGUCCCACCAAACUGGCCAUGGGCCGACUGGGCAUUUUUUCAGUCUCUUCCUUCCAUGCACUGGUGGCGGCUCGCACUGAGAGCGGCGUGAGGCGUCGGACGCAGGCGAUGUCGCGCUCCACCAGCAAACGCAAGAGUCGCUUCUCCUCACUAUGGGGUCUGGACACCCACUCCAAGAGAAAGAGUAAAGGUCACCCCAGCAUUAACCAGGUUUUUGCAGAAGGAGAUGAUCCAGUUAAAAGUCCUCUAGAAGGCACGUUUGAGGGUUCUUCUAGUGAUACGACGAAAGACACCAAGACCCCAGUGAAAGGUCUGCCAAGACCCAGCGCAGAUCAUGACAUCUGGUCCAGAGACCACCUCACUCCAUCAUGGGUUCUGCUGCCAAACGACCAGCCUGUGUUAGCCAUCAUCCAACCCGGAGAGUCGGCCCUCGACAUGCUGGAAACGAUCUGCAAGGCUCACCAACUGGACCCCACUAAACACUACGUGCGGCUUAAGCUCCUCAUUGAGAACCAAGUGCAGUUUUAUAUCCCCAAACCGGAGGAGGAUAUUUAUGAUCUGCUGUAUAAGGAAAUCGAGCUGUGCUGUAAGAUCAGGAAGGUCAUUCAGUUUGAUCGGGAUGAGUCCUGCAUGAUCGGCUAUGGUUUUUCCAUUUCAGUGGUGGAGGAGGACAGCGUUCAGCAGCUCUAUAUCACUGACGUGAGAGCUGGAGGAUUAGCGUUCGCUAAAGCUCUGAAUGCGGGAGAUGAGAUUCUGCAGCUGAACGGGAAGGACGCCCGCACUCUGACCUUCGCUGACAUGAAGGUGGCGUUCGCUCAGGUCUCCCUCUCUCUCACCGUCAACACGCUGCCCCCUGUUGACCGCCGGCAGCUCUGCUUCCUGCCACCGAGACGCUCGGACGCUGUGGACAACCUCUAUACGGAUAUCUUCUCUCAGAGUCAGGAGGAGAUUCUUGACGAUGGAGUGGGUCUGAUUGUGGAGACUUCGGGAGACAGUUUAGACGAUGACUCGAAGCUCUUCGCUGAGUUUGAUGACUAUGGAAAGAGUACGGAGCAGGUUGCAGCUUUCUGCCGCAGUCUGCACGAGAUGAAUCCCUCAUCCGAGGUUGUCUCUUCCUCGUCCGGCCCGGAGUCUUCCUCGCUCCCUCCGAGCAACGCCACUCCACGCCAGCUCUCCGAUGCCGACAAACUCCGCAAAGUCAUCUGCGAACUUGUGGAGACGGAGCGCACCUAUGUCAAAUGCAAGAAUUCACAGGAUACGUUUUGA